CGCAGUGCGCAGGGCGGGCGGGGCGCGGCGGGCGGGCGGCGCGUCGUGCCGCGGGCGCGCAGUGCUCCUCGCGCAGGACCGGAGUGGUGUUCACUCGGCGGCGCGCCACGGCGCGACAUGCCCAGCUGAUGUUUAUUUAUACCGCGAGCUCGGUGGAGGGUGCGCGCGGGAGGCCCUCCCCUCCGCGGCACCACGGUUUCGCGUGAUGCAGCCGAGCGAGCUAGCCGACGCCGCGCACGCCGCUAGCGGAAACCCCCCGCAGCGUGGCCUCAACGGUGGCCGUUUCGACUUUGACGAUGGUGGUACUUAUUGUGGUGGAUGGGAAGACGGCAAGGCCCACGGCCACGGAGUGUGUACUGGACCCAAAGCUCAGGGAGCUUACGCCGGCUCCUGGCACUUCGGCUUUGAAGUUUCCGGUGUCUACACCUGGCCCAGCGGCAGCUCGUUCGAGGGUCAAUGGCAGAACGGGAAGCGGCAUGGGCUCGGUGUGGAGACGCGCGACCGGUGGCUGUACCGCGGCGAGUGGACGCAGGGCUACAAGGGCCGCUACGGCGUGCGACAGAGCACCAUUAGCAACGCCAAGUACGAGGGCACGUGGGCCAAUGGACUCCAAGACGGUUACGGCUCGGAAACUUACGCUGAUGGCGGCACGUAUCAGGGACAAUGGAUGCGCGGGCUGCGGCACGGGUACGGAGUCCGUACGUCGGCGCCGUUCGGGCUGGCGUCGCACUACCGAGGCGGAGCGCGCGGCCACCGCGGCUCCAUGUCCUCGCUCAACGAGGGUGGCGCUGACCCCUCGGAGCAGCGCACCACCCGUAUGGACGACGCCCGCGGUGGAUUCGUGCUCACCGUCAGAUCCGACCAGCCGUCGGGACGCCGCGGCUCGCUUGUCGGAAAACCUAAAGGACUGCUCCACAAAUGGCGCAAACAGCGCAGCGUCGGCGACCUGGACGGGGCCGGCACGGGCUCGGUCCACUCGGGGGGCUCGGGGGGCUCGGGCUCUUCGUGGGUCUCCUCGGUAGACAGCACCCACUCCGCUAUGACUCAUGCCUCUUUGCACACAAACUCAAACGCAAGUUUCGUGGUCGAGGAUGAACAUUUGGAUGCGAGUGUCACAGAAACUUAUAUGGGCGAAUGGAAAAACGACAAACGCACUGGGUUCGGUAUCAGCGAGCGCAGCGAUGGCCUUCGAUACGAGGGAGAGUGGUCAGCAAAUAAAAAGUACGGAUAUGGUGUUACUACGUUCCGAGACGGCACGAGGGAAGAAGGCAAAUAUAAGAAUAACGUACUCAUAACGAGCCAGAAACGGAAACACUUAUUCCUCAUGCGGUCUGCCAAAUUUCGGGAACGUGUUGACUCUGCCGUAAAUGCGGCACAACGUGCAUCUAAAAUUGCACUACAAAAGGCUGACAUAGCAAUCUCUAGAACCGCAACGGCUCGAGGAAAAGCUGAGCAAGCCGACGAAGCGGCAGACCAAGCAAAAGAAGACUGUGAUAUAGCGCAAGCUACUGCGAAGCAGUUCGCUCCAGAUUUUAAGCACCCAGGUUUUGACAGAAUAGGAUUAAGAGAAAAAUAUAGACAAAAGGUUUACGAUGCACAAGUUGCAGCGACCGUACCACAAGAAUCUGAAAAGAUCUUGGAUGGAAAGAGCAUUCCAAAUCAUAUCCCUCCGAUGCACUCACAGAUUCCUCAACCUAACAGAGCUCCAAACGCAAUACCUUCCAGAAGAUCUUCAACGCAAUAUCCUAAAACCAUAGAUCCACGACUUACAAAUAGUUCCAACUAUAAUACAGACAAUAGAAAUCUGGGACCUCCACAUGACCCAUACAAUUUAUCAAAUCAAGACAAUUGGAAGUCAGCGAAUACAACGCCCCAAAUUUCACCUGAUGGUCAAAAAUCAUACAUACCCAAUGAUCAAAAUAAUCCAUAUGGGCCUAUAUCACAACAACAACAACAACCACAAGCCUCUUCGUAUAGGUUUAAUCAGCAAAGUAUGGACCAAAGUGGACAGCAAUAUGUUAAUCAAGAUAGACGAAUAUCCAUUACCCAAAUGAAUAGGCCUCAAUUAAAUCAACGACCUCAACAACAAGAUUGGAACCCUCCACAAGCUCCUCCUCGACGACAGAGUGUACUCGGCCAACCUUCUUAUGAUGCUCAAGGUAACACUUAUACUGACGGUGGAACCUCAGCGUAUGGACGAAACGAGCUUCGUACCGGAACCGUACACUCUGAGGGCCCCUUUGAUCGACAAGCAAUGCCGACCAAUCAACAAGCAUAUCGUCCAACGAUGGAUCCUCAAGGGUAUAGACAACCACAUGAUCAACAAGGUUAUGGUCAAGCGCCUGAUCAAAUGUAUAAUAGGCCUACUGACAAUCAGGCAUAUAGACAGCAACCUGCUGACCAGGGCUAUAGACCAAGUGCACCUACGGAACAAGAUGUUGUUAACGGAGCUCGGCCAUCAGGACCGCGACCAUCAAUUGAUUACUUCGAUCACUACAAAAGGCCUCCUAGUCGAGAUUCAAGUGUGGAUCGAUAUGGACGGCGAUCGCGCCAACCAUCUGUAGAAGCUGCUCCAAGUGGAGGCUCUCGCGCUGGCUCAGUAGCUCCGCAACCUGCAAUGCCAUCUAGGCCGGCAUCUCGAGCUGCUACUCCAGCGGGCAAUGGUCACGUAGCGUCUGGUCGCAACUCGAUAUCCCGAGCGGGUUCGCGAGAACCUCAACCAUUUGAAGAAUCACUUUUGAGAAAAAGGACGCUGGGUCAGGAAAUAUCACCUUCACCUUACCAGCCCAAACGCACUGAAAGUUUGUAUGUGGCUCAGAUGCCAGAACCACCGCCACCUGCGCCGAUGAGAGGUGGAGGAGGCGGCGGAGGUGGUCGAAAGAUGCUAAGCACGCCGCAGACACUUCAGCGCAAGAAAUCGUUGCCGGACGUCGCAGGAAUGCCUCGCAUGCCUGACGGCGGCGGCAUGUCCCGCGAAGAGGUCUCGGCUCUCGGCUCGGCACGUCGUGAGGAGGUGCGCCGCAUGCACGAGGAGACCGAGAAACUGAGGGCCAACCCUCUGCUCUACUUAGUUAGUCCGCAAGUCAAGGACUGGUUCUCCCGGCAGCAACUGGUGAUCCUAGUGCUGUUCAUCAACAUCUCGCUGGGCAUCAUGUUCUUCAAGCUGCUCACGUAGCAUCGGCGUGUGGCGCAUAAGCGCCUUUUCUUGACGACAUUUUUGUAAAUAUUUGUAAUUUUUGAACCAGAAAUAGUCCAAAUAUUAUUUAAUGUGCGACAAAUGUUUAAGUAACAUUUAUUCUUUAUUCCUUUUUCAUACGAGAGUUACAUUUACACAUCCAAUGAAAACGUAUUUAUUUGUCAAUAAGGACUUCAAUUUGCUAGUGUACUUCUCUUUGACGUUGUGAAAGUGUGCAAAGAAUGACGAUACAAGAGUGAAAACAUUAUCCAAAUAUUUCGUCGAGCUAAUUAUUUCGACUUGUUUUGUGCGGGAGUGAAUUGAACCUGUUUUGUGUCCGGUAAUCGGAAACUUCGAAUGUAAGGAGCACGUUGUUCUAUAAACCUGCAUAUUGUAGGUUUAUUUAUGCCUUCUAUUAUGAAGCUUAACGCCUUUAAUGUAAUUUUAACAGCUGAGGUGUUGUUGAAAGAGUUUUCGAUGAAUUCGUGGUCGCUUUGUAUAAAUGGGAGGUAACUAGAUAAUCAGCAUGGUAACGACGCCUGCGAGGAAGUCGUUUCUUCGCCACACUGACACUGCUCUCACAAUGUUCUGUAGCCGCUGUCGAGCCUCCACCCUGCAGUAAUGUAGCAUCCUGCAUCGAUCAGAUUGUACUCAGAGAUUGACCGAAUUAGGUAUCAGAAAACUUUUCCGCCAUUAGUGAAGUCGGUUGUGGGGACGUUAUUAUUAUUACUAAAUGUUAUUGUUGCUAAGUCAAAGUUUAAAUAAUUCAUAAAUUAUAUUUGUCAAUUUUUAAUAGUUCGUGCUGAUUAUUAAGAUAUUGAAAUACUACGUACCCCGAGUGAUAAAAAAGGCACAAAUAUGUUAGAUAUAGGUAUCUACUUGUUUCGAAAGUGUAUAUAAGUAAUAAUGAUAUUAAUUAAAAGUUUUACAAAUAUUACACGAAGUACGCAUACCUGUAAGUAGAUACGUUGUUAUGCUUGCAAUAUGUACAAGUCAAAAAAUUAAAUGCAUGUGCAUUAUUUUCCUAUUCUAUUAAAAUUGUAAAAAAAAUCUAGCGAUGAAUACUGAAUUUUUAUACAAGAUUUAAUCUUCAUUUUAUACCUAUGAAGUCAAUUCUCUCGUAAUCGAAUUGUUUAUAUAGUGAAAGGAUUACUAUAUGAAUGGUAUGUUAGAUACUUAUUAAUAUUGGCAUGGAAAGCGUGCGAUUGAGACUGUUGAUACGUACUAUAUACACCUACAACGAAACUUAUUGAAAGCGCACAUUCGUUGUAAGGUAUAUAUAUAUUUAUAUAUACAGUUGGUAAGACAAUUUUCACAGUUUCAUUAUUAUGUAAAGAAUAUAAGUUAUGUCUCUAAGAAUUUUAAUUACUUGUAUCGAUUUUAUCUACGUUUCAGAAAUAAAAUAUUUUAACAAAACAA